AAAUCAAUUCAACUUACCCAGACGCCUCCAAAACCGGGAGUAGGAACAGUUAAAAGGAAGAGAUCGGUGAUUCCUUCAAAGGAAAGAAAGAUGAAAGCCAAGAGCGGAAAAAGUUGUUCGAGCUUGAGAUCGAAGCUAGGUUUGCCGGCAGUUAUCUUCGUUUUAUGCCUUUUUUGUUUCCUUGCCGGAUUCUUCGGCUCUUCUCUUCUCUCUCAGGAUGUAGAUGACGAUAGGCCGAGGCCGAGGUUGCUUCAAUCGGUCAACGGUGGUAGCGAUUUCGAUUUGAUGCCCUCGGGAGAAAACGGCGACGAUUCCAUUUCUUUGAUUCCAUUUCAGGUUUUGAGCUGGCAACCACGCGCUCUCUAUUUUCCGAAGUUUGCAACUGCGGAGCAAUGCCGAAACAUAGUCAAUAUGGCGAGGCCGAGGCUUAGACCGUCUUCCUUGGCUCUACGUAAGGGAGAAACGGAAGAGAACACGAAAGGAAUCCGAACAAGUUCUGGAGUGUUCUUUAGUGCUUCAGAAGAUGAAAGUGGGACGCUGGGCGCCAUUGAGGAAAAAAUUGCAAGGGUGACUAUGCUUCCAAGGAUGCAUGGAGAGGCAUUUAAUAUCUUGCGUUAUGAGAUUGGGCAGAAGUAUAAUUCUCAUUAUGAUGCGUUCAAUCCUUCUGAAUAUGGACCACAGAAGAGCCAAAGGGUGGCUUCCUUUUUGUUAUACUUGACUGAUGUUGAAGACGGUGGAGAAACCAUGUUUCCAUUUGAGAAUGGCUUGAAUAUGGAUGGAAGAUACGAUUACCAAAAAUGUACUGGUUUGAAAGUGAAGCCACGUCAAGGUGAUGGACUUCUGUUUUAUUCUGUUUUUCCAAAUGGUACAAUCGAUCCGACAUCACUCCAUGGAAGCUGUCCUGUGGUCAAAGGACAGAAAUGGGUCGCUACAAAGUGGAUCAGAGAUCAAGUACAGGACGAUUAAGCGUUACUAUUUACCACAGGCAAUGCAUAACUCGUAAAUCUCGGCCUAUCAUUUUCUCUAUUAUUAGACAAUGAAUUUUAACAUUAUAAAAAAAUUGAUUCCCAUCCUCUUCCCCCUACCAAAUAAAAUACUAGGCGAGUUGAUGUUAAAA